AUGAUGGACAAUUCCGACUCGGAGGACGAGGAUUUCAACCCCAAUGCCCCGGAAGAUUCGGACGGCAGCGAGGGAGUGAUUCAGAAUGACAUUGACAACGAAGAUGAUGAUGAUGAAUCAGAUGAUGAAGCUCCGGCGCGCACUAAAGCUGCUCCGACCCAGAACCUCGAUGACGAGGACGACGACGAGGACGACGAGGACGAGGACGACGAGGAUGACGAAGAGGACGAUGACGAUGACGAAGAGGACGAAGAGGAUGAUCGAGGCCGUGGGGGUCGCCCUCCUAAGAAACGCAUGAAACGCAACAUUUUCCUCGAUGAUGCUGCCGAUGACGACCGCUACGAAGAGGAGGUUGAGGACGACGAAGAACGCGAAUUUCAGACUGAUUCGCAUUGGGACCGCGAACGUCGUGCCGCCGAAGCGCGCAUCCAGCGACGACAGGAGCAAGAGGCCAAGUUGCGGGCCCAAGCUGAAGAAGCCGAACGCGCCGCUCGGGCUCAGGACAUUGAUAUUGAUCGUGAGUCUGAUGAGGAUGAAGAGGAUGAUGAUGACGACGACGAUGAUCUCGACGAGCAGUCACGCCUUCGUCAGCUUGAGAAUCGCUAUGCGGAGGACACCGAGGUGCAGGACAUCUCGGACAAUCGUCAGCUACCUACCAUGAAGGAUCCAAAGCUUUAUAUGGUCAAAUGCCAGCUUGGCAAAGAGCACGAAGUGGCCAUUCAGCUGAUGCGCAAGAAACUGAGCUACAUUUACAUUGAAGCCUAUCGUCCGGCUGCCGUAAAGGAGGCCAUCACGGGUAUCAUGGCUCUUCGUUAUGGCCAGUACGACCAAAAGCUGGUGCCAAUGGAUGACAUGCCUCGUGUGCUGGCCAUUCAGAAGCAGACUGUUACCGUCAAACCCGGGGCUUGGGUGCGUCUCAAGCGAGGUGUCUACCGUGAUGAUCUGGCCAAGGUUGUCGAAGUGACUUCAAACGAAAAGCGGACGCAAGUCACCGUACAUCUCCUACCGCGCCUUGACUUGAACGCCGAUGCCACCACACGCAACAGUACUGUGCGUGCACCCAAGCGGCGCUUUGAUCCAGACGAAGUCCGCGCUAUCCGCGGUGACGACGCUGUUCAGCGUGCCUCAACUGUUGAUGAUUAUACGUUCGAGUUUGAGCGCAACAUCUUCAUCAAGGGCUACUUGCGCCAUCGUGUGCCGCUGACCAGCCUACAGAUUGAGGAUGUUAAUGCCACUUUGGAUGAGAUCGCAGAGUUUGAGGGCACGGACGAUUCCGCAGUUGCGGCAGCGAUCGAAGAGGAUGAAUCAUCCAAGACCAACUUUGUCGUCGGCGAUCGUGUCAUUGCGUAUCGUGGCAACUUGAAAAACGCCUUUGGUGUUAUUGAAACCAUUCGCGAAGAUGGCACAGUCGUGCUGCGUGUUGAGAACCAAGAACUUCGGGAUCUUGAUCGCAUUCCAGUGCCCAAAGAGGAUCUGCGCAAGCACUUCCGCCCAGCGGAUCACGUUAAAGUCCAACGUGGCCGUUACGAGGGACAGACGGGUUUGGUUCUCGAGGUCAACGAUCAACGCGUGACUGUCCUGAUCGACCUCACCAUGAAGCAAAUCGAAUCUCUGUCGCGUGAUUUGGAGAUUUGCGAGACCAUUGGCACAGGCCUGGACGCUCACGGUCAAUUUGCACUGUUUGACCUGGUGCAAAUGACGCAAGCUGCCACUGUGGGGGUCAUCAUUGCCAUUGAGCGCGAUGAAUUCAAGAUCCUUGAUCAGAACGGACAGGAAAAGACGAUCAAGUCGCAGCAGGUGAAACCCAUUGGACGCAAGCAUCAGCCUCAAACGUUCGACUCGCAGCAAAAUGUAGUGGCUCGUGAUAGCAUGGCACGCGUGGUUGAUGGCCCCAACAAGGGCCGAUCGGGCAAAGUCAAGUACAUUCACCGUGGCUACGUCUUUUUGCAAGAUCGCGGUUCGACCGAGCACAAUGGCAUUUUCGUUUGCCGGGGUCGUCACUUGCAGGGUCACCAGGGUAUUGUCACGGACGCUACCGAGACGACCGUCCGCGUGGAGUUGCAUGCUCGCAACCGCAUCAUUUCUCUCAAGACGCAGCACGUCAAGGAAAUUCCAGCUUUCCGAUCGGACCAAGGCCAGUUCGACAAGCCUGGGUGGGCUGGCAGCAUUCACGGGGCGCGGACGCCUUUCAACUCGGCGCAGACACCGCUUUACACGGGCGCCGAGACGCCGCGGUACACGGGCGCCGAGACCCCUCACGGCAACCAGACGCCUCGCAUGGGCAGCCAAACGCCACGCGGAGCGCACACGAAUGGUCCGGCGCAAGGCAUGACACCGGGUCUCACGCCCAGCCUGACACCUGGCUUCACGCCUCAAGCCUACACACCUGGCUUUACGCCCGGCAUGGCGCCUACUCCGGGAGUGGCAAGCACGCCUAUGGUGGACGAGAAGCCUAUCUGGCUGCACAAGGGCAUUAUGGUGGAGUUGCGCGGUCGAUCUGGCUACAUUGCCAGCGUGGAUGGCUACGAGACUACUGUGGUCUUGGACGAUGGCGCAACCGAGACGGUGCGUGCAGACGAGCUUUCGACACGACCCCCUGCCAAGGACGACACGGUUUUCGUCCUGCCUGGGUCUCCUUCACAUCCUGAAUCGGUGGCUCUCUUCGUCACGAUUGAUCACGACGAAGGUGUCAUUCGCAAGGGCGCGGAUCUGGCCAUUGUUCCGUUGCAAUUUUUGGCUGUCGUUCAUCCUUCCCAGGUGGAUAAAUUUUGAAACCCAUCGCGCGUGCAAUGAUGGCAUGGCAAAAUGGCUGUUGAGGAUGCGUAUGGGGAUGACUGCAUUUCUGGAGUAUAGUCUUCUUGGACCCUUGCACGUAGAGUGCAAGAUUCUCGCAAUUGAAAACGGAACAUG